AUGAGCGCCACCGGGCGGACAGGAGUUGAUCUUUCAGCGGAUCAACGGCCAAAGAUUGUAGCUGUGCUAGUUACGACUUGGAUCCUGGCCUUUCUGACGGUCUCGCUACGAUUCACCGCUCGAACUUUGGUUGAAGCUGGACUGUGGUGGGAUGAUUGGAUUUUCGGGGCCAUUGUGUCCCUGCUGCCGGUUGCCUGGAACGUUCGACAUGGGUUAGGGCUGCAUGUCUGGGCUGCGCCUCCCGGCUCGGUCUCAGCCUUCCUCAAAUCCUUGGUCAUUGCAGAGCUCUUCUAUGUGGCCGCCACCGUUGCCAUCAAGCUUUCCAUUCUGCUCUCCUACCGACGAAUUUUCCGGGUUCCUCAUGUGCAGAAGGCGACCACAUUCGUGGCCUGGAUCGUGUUUGCCUGGGCUCUAGCUUGUAUCCUCAUUGUUUGCUUCCAAUGCAUCCCCUUGCAGGGAUAUUGGGACAAGAGCAUCCCGGCCAAAUGUGGAGUCAACAAUCGCGAUUACUUUCUGGGAAAGUCCAUCCCGGACACGGUCACCGACAUUGGGAUUCUGAUGAUCCCAAUGCGAGCCAUCUGGGAGCUGCACACCACGCGAACGCAGAAGACAAUUCUCACCCUUACUUUCUUGAUGGGGGGCCUUGUGAUUGUCAUCUCCAUCAUCCGACUCGUCUGCCUCAUGAGUGUCAAUCUUAGCUCCGAAGACAUUACGUGGAACUUCGUCCCGUACCUGAUCUGGACCUGCGUAGAGCUAAACAUCGGCACCGUUGCCGCUUGUUUGCCUUGCCUGCGGCCCAUUUACACCCAUUUCAGGGAGAGGAUAGGGCUAUCUGGUAGUCGUCCCAGCGCGGGGUCCUUCCCGAACUUCCCAGGCAAGAUUUGUUCUGGCCGCACUCGGUGGCGGCUAUUUUCAGAUGAUGACGAGUACCGGUAUGGAGAUCAGGUUCCUAUGCAGGCUGGCGGGGGCAUCACGGUCCACCAUGGCUACUUGGUGCAGACAGAAAGCGCUUCACGCAGUGGCGGUGAUGUGUCAUCCCAUUAA